AUGAAUUUCACUUUCCCAACAACACCUUUGAAACAAAAGUCUUCGCAACCCGACUUCCAACCUUCUUCCUGUUUGAAAAAUAACGGCAACGUACAGCUUCGAGAAUCCGCCGAUGGCCAUAAGCAUAGCGUUUCGCAGGUGAGGUUUUCUUUGCCUGCAGGAUCAGACGAGUACUACGAACACCAACAACAACAACACCGUCCGGGCUCAAACACGGAAGAGACAUUUUCAGAUGUGGCCUCCUCUCCAACAAAAGUAGUAUACCCUAGAAGUUCGGACCAGAACUCAACAAGCCACUUUGUGGAUUUUCAGCAUAAAGUGAUGGUAGACGUGCCAGAACAUAUCUGGCAAGCACACUACAAUAACAGAAAGAAUGGUAGUGGCUCUUCAAGCCCGACAAGGACUCACGAGCGUACACAAUCUCUUCAAUCUGUCAUAGCAGACACUCUGCAAACAUAUCAUACCAAAUUCACCAAUGAGGAGCCGGGACUACUGAAAGAUACGAAUCUGCCGCAGCUGCCACCAUCUGCGCUAUAUUUACGGUCAGAUUCACCUCUAAACAAAUUCAAAGUUGCAGUGCCCUUAGAAGCGUCACUGCCGCCUUAUUUGUCCCCGGAAAACAAGUUCAAGCGCAGAAAUAGCUUGGUUUAUGAUGGUCAAGGCUACAGUACGUUUUUGGGAGAUCCUAGCGAUGAAGACUCUAUUCUUGUGAGUCCAGAAGCCGAUCAAUCUUCAAGCCAAUACAGCGACUUCUCUAUUCCGUCAGCCACUCACGACUACUCAUUCGAUGCCAAAGAGGAUGUUGACCAGCUUCUAGGUAUCGAUAGCGAUGCGAAUGUUAGUCUUAAGAAGCAAGCAAGAAAUCUACUCAACAAGAGCCCCAUACCGAACCGCACAAAGUUACCUUCUCUUCCGGACCCUCCAUCACUCGUUACCGCCAAAGAGCACAAAACAAUCGAGAACACUCGUGAAAAUGCAGCUCCAUCUCAUCACGAAGUAGCAAGCGACUCUCAAAGUGAAGCCUUGAAAAUACUGGGUAGUCCAUCCAAAACUAUCACUAUUCCAAGUUUUGAUCACACCCCUUCACCUAGCUCAAGAGGGUCAAUAUCACAAUUUUUAACUAAAAUGGAUGACAGCCUAUCUUUUCAGGACCUAAACCGCCCAGAUGGUCCAUCCGAGGGCAAAAUGAAUACUAACUUCCAGUUUCCAUCUCCGUCGAAAGCUAGCAACACAGGAACGAAGCCACUUUCGACAUCAGAUGCUGACGACACCAAAUCCAAGCCACUUUUGACGUUUGAUGCACACGACACGAUAUCCAAGCCACUUGGGACAUCUGAUGCUAACAAAGAGUCGAGUCCACUCGCAACAUCUGAUGCUCACAACAGUGACGAUUUAUCAAAUUUCGAAGAAGACAAUUCAUUUGAACGGCGCCGAAAGCUUCUCAGACAGCAGUCGGAUGGAAGUAAUUUUCGGCGGCAUACUCACAGCAGGACUCGCAGUAUACAUGGCACGGAAGAUCUUGUCAAUGGGUUACAUUCACAACACUAUUCACAGUCUAGUCAAGCGAUAGGUGCUAUGUUACCGGAGCGUUCACCCCGCAGGUCAACGCCAACUGCUAAAACAUCCAAGCACGGAAGUUUCUUUUCAACUACAACAUCGACUCCUACAAAAACCCUAUCGAAGCCGGGUUCUCAAUCGACAACUGCUCUUCCUCAACCACUUGCGACCAUUCCUGCUCAUCCUUCAAGCAAUCUUUCUCCGAAAACGAGUUUCACAAACUCCUCUAAUGACUACGGGAAAGUGGAGAAGUCGUCUUUCACAACGGAAACUGAGGAGUCGCGCUCACCAACUCGCGAUGACUUACAAGCCUCUGAGGAAAAUUGGAGCAGAUCGAAGCGUUCAGCCGCACUCGCAACAGAAUUCUUUGAAAGCCAAACUGAGAGUCAAGAACUCGAUACAUCUGUACAGUCACUGAGUUUCAGUGAAAUUAGUAUUCCACAAGAAGAGGCUGAUGCGGACAAAAGUCUCGAGAUUACUGGGGAAAGAUUUAUCGGAAAGGCUACACCUCUUUCAACAUACAACUCGUUCAAAGCUCCAUUAGAUUUCCCCCCAGUUUCCAGCUCAGCUACGGCGAUAGAAUUUAAAUCCGGACUUGCUCCAUCACGACAGCUGUCCAAUAACGCGAGCCAUUCAUCAUAUGAAUCUAGAGAAAGUAUACCGUCGCGCCCUUCAACAUCUACUGCGUAUUCGCAAGAGGGUGCAGGAAGUCUUUUCAAUCAAAUUAGCUCUAAGAAAGCAAACUCUUUCGUGACUAAAAGGUUUUCAAAUAAAAAUCCUUCGCCUGCUCGCGGACUAGCAGAGUCAAAAGAAUUACGCACUAGGACUUUUAAAGACUAUAUUGGAAACAAGUGGGUUGAUGUUAUAUUGCUGGAUGACUCCGAUGAGGAUAUCGCCUCUCCAUCUCGAUCAAGACCAAGAUCAUUCCAUGAGGAUGCCUUAAAGCAUUAUAGUGAAAUUUUAGACCUUUGCGACAAAACGGCGGACAAAGCAAAGGGCGUGAUAUUGGAUCUAGUAAACAUGCCUGCUAUUUCAAACACAGGAAGAACGAAGGACGUGGCUCAUUUGAAUGUUUGGCAUCACGAUGGUAACCAAUCAUCUGAUUAUAUCACACAAUAUCAACUUCGCACCGAAAAUCACCAUCCGAACAGUGAGAAUGGGUCACCUUCGCGGUACGUUUCUAAUCUUGACCGCCUAAGAAACCUCGGAAUAAAGCGCUAA